AUGGAGGAAGACGAUGUGAUAAGCGAUGAGGAAAUCGAACAAAUAAUAAAAGAUAAUGGCCGUCCUUCUGCUUCACACCUUCUAUGGCUACAAUGUGUCCAUUAUACCAUAGAAAAGGCCGGACCUGCAUUCAUUAAAUGGGGCCAGUGGGCGGCUUCGAGGCCAGAUCUUUUCCCAAAUGAUCUCUGCACAGAGAUUGCAGAACUUCAGGCAAAUGCACCAGCUCAUAGCUAUUCAUACAUAAAGAAAACUAUCGAAAAAGCAUUUGGUCAUUUAUUGCCUGAGAUAUUCGAAAAAAACAAGGAGGAACCUGUCGCAUCCGAAAGUAUAGCUCAGGUUUAUCGAGCUACUUUAAAGUAUCGCCAUCCUGGCCAACGAGUUAAGCCUAUUCUUGUUGCCGUAAAGGUUAGACAUCCGGGAGUUAGUGAUGCAUUCAGAAGAUAUUUUAUAUUACUGAAUUUGUUUGGUAAAAUGUCUAAGUUUAUCCCCACCCUGAAAUGGUUGAGACUUGAUGAAAGUAUACAACAAUUUGCGGUCUUUAUGAUGUCUCAAGUUGAUCUUACAAGAGAGGCAGCUCAUUUAAGUCGUUUUAUUUAUAAUUUCCGAAGAUGGAAGGAUGUGUCAUUCCCGAUGCCUUUAUAUCUGCUUGUGCACCCUGCUAUCUUAAUGGAAACUUUUGAACAUGGUGAAAAUAUUUUACACUAUGUGGAUGAGUUAGAAGGUCAUGUGGGCAUCAAAUCCGGCCUUGCUCAUAUCAGGACCCAUGCACUUCUAAAGAUGCUUUUGUCUUCUUCGAGCACAGUAAGGGAUAUGCAUAGAAAAUUAAGCUGUCGAGUCCCGUUUUUGCUAUGAUAAGCCUAUUCCAGAGGAGAUUAUUGAGAAUCCAGUUGGGUUGUCAGUAGGAGAAAACAUUGGCAAUAGAACGCGUUGCCCUGAUUGUGAAGCCAAGGGCUCUAUCCUUUGUGUCACUUGCUCCGGAUCUGGAUUAUAUGUUGACUCUAUAAUAGAGAGUCAAGGUAUCAUUGUCAAAGUUCGAUGUCUAGGUAAACUCAUGUUUGUUACUUUUACCAUACGGUUGAUUACAUUAGCUGCAAAUGUUUGUCUUGAGCA